AUGAACAGCAAGAUUGUAGUAUUCAUCUGCGUCUUUGGAGUGGCCGCCGCCAGCGUUGUCGCUCCAGUACCGGUCGCCCGAGUUGAACCCUUCCCUCAAUACUCCUACGGUUACAAUGUUCAAGAUUCUCUAACUGGCGAUUACAAGGGACACCAGGAGCAGAGGAACGGAGAUGUUGUCACUGGUUCAUACUCGGUCGUCGAACCCGAUGGUACCAGAAGGAUUGUUGACUACGCUGCAGAUUCUAUCAAUGGUUUCAACGCUGUUGUACGACGUGAGCCAUUAGUUGUAGCUGCAGCAGCUAAGGUCAUUGCCCCAGCUCCCGUUGUACCAGCCCCUGUGAUCGCCAGAGCACCCGUCUUCGCCCCAGCCCCCGCACCCCUCCUCGCCCCAAGACUACCUUACUACUUCUAG